UUAGAAUAAACUUGGUCUCACAUUUAUAAGUUCAAUAUUCAAUUUGGGGUAACAAAAUACUGUAAACAUUUUGCACAGCACACCCAAAUAGAACAGAACAAAUUCGAUACGCAGUAACGCAGCACAAGGAACAAACCAGCCAACCAGUCUAAAAUGGAACACGACGAAGACGAAGACCCACCUCUUGCUGUUCAGAUUCAACAACAUGAUGAUGAACCCAUUUCUCAACAAGCUUCUGUUGGUGUAACUCUCAUCACCGGCUACCUUGGUUCCGGCAAAUCCACGCUAGUGAAUCAUAUAUUGAACUCUCAACAUGGGAAGAGGAUUGCUGUGAUAUUGAAUGAGUUUGGGGAGGAAAUUGGAGUGGAAAGAGCAUUGAUAAAUGAAGGGGAAGAUGGUGCAGUUGUUGAAGAAUGGGUUGAGCUUGCUAAUGGGUGUGUAUGUUGCACUGUUAAGCAUAGUUUGGUUCAAGCACUUGAGCAGCUUGUACAGAGAAAAGAAAGGCUAGACCAUAUAUUGCUGGAAACCACUGGUUUGGCAAAUCCAGCACCUUUGGCAUCUAUUCUUUGGUUGGAUGAGCAGUUGGAAUCUGAUGUGAAGCUUGAUUCUAUCGUCACUGUAGUGGAUGCCAAAAAUGUACGCUUCCAGAUGAAGGAGCACCGUGGCUCGUCUUCAUUUCCUGAAGCAUAUUUUCAGAUAGCAUUUGCGGACAUUGUAAUUCUUAACAAGGUUGAUUUGGUAUCUGCAGAAGGCUCUGGAGCUCUCAAGGAACUCGAAGAGGAAAUCCAUAACAUUAACUCACUCGUAGAGAUAAUUCACUCUGUUCGAUGUCAAGUUGACUCAUCUAAGAUAUUGAACCGCCAUGCUUACGAUACUAAUACCGCACAUUUAGAGGCAUUGUUAGAAGAAAGUCGUUCUCUGUCUUCUAAUAAGCUUCAUGAUAGUGGUGUGAGAACCAUAUGCGUUUGUGAGACAGGCACAAUUGAUAUUGAUAAGACUCGUAUAUGGCUAGAAGAAAUUCUUUGGGAGAAGAAAUACGAUAUGGAUGUAUAUCGUUGCAAAGGAGUCUUAAGUGUUCAAAAUUCUGAUCAAUUGCAUACUUUGCAGGCAGUGAGGGAACUGUAUGAGAUUGUUCCUGCUCGCAAGUGGAAGAAGGAAGAAAACAGGGUGAAUAAGAUAGUCUUUAUAGGUCAUAAUCUGAAAGAAGAUGUUCUAAUAAAUUCCUUGAGAGCUCUUGCAACCUGUUAGGCUGUUUAUUUGUAUGGGUAUAGAUUAAUAGUUGGGUUGUUAAUGAUUUUGAGAUUCAAUCAAAAUAGUGUAGUAGAAUCUCAGGUGUUUUUUCUAAUCCCAUUUCAAGUUCUAGAUAUCAUAUUGCUCAGCUCAUAUACAAAAUAUAAUACAAUUUAAGCUUUCCGUUA